GCAAGGUUGAUGGAAGCUGUUUCACGGGCAACUGGGGGUUUUGUCUUGAGGGAUUAUACGGUCGUAGAGGGGAAAGUCGGAAUAGGCCACUAAAAUGUGUGUGACUGGUUCGGGAUAUCGGAAUGUUACGUUGGGAGAAGGAGGAGAGCCAAUUAGGGCAUCUGCCUAUGCAGGUGUGACAAAUUACUGAAAAGGGAGAGGAGAAAACAAAGGAACGAAGAAAGAAAUGAAAGAUAGAGAUAGUCUAUGAAGAGGAGAGAGUGGACAGAGAGCACAACGCUGGAUAAGGGAAAGUCAAAGGAAAAGGGCGAGAAAAGAAAACCAGACGACGGCGAUGAGCAGGAGACAGAUGAGAAGAUGCAGGUGACGAUGGAGAGGCUGAUAAGCGGAGAGCGGGGCGCUGUGAUUGGUGGAAACGGUGGAUCUAGGUGGGGCUCAGCCAGCCAAAUAAACCCAAACUCUAAUUGGGGUAUGGGGUAG